AUGAACGACUUUUCAAUGAUUAUUUUUGCAGAGAAUCCGGUUUACCCUCCUAAUAGAUUUAGAAGAAGAUUUCGAAUGCGACGUGAUCUAUUUCUUCGCAUUCAGUCUGCAGUAGAAGCUCAUGAACCCUUUUCUCAGCAAAAAAUGGAUGCAGCUGGAAAGUUGGGGUUAUCUUCACUUCAGAAAAUUACGACUGCAUUUCAAAUGCUUGCAUACGGUGUCUCCACCAACCUUUUGGAUGAGUAUGUGCGAAUCAGGGAGAGCACAGCAAUAUUGUCUAUGAAGAUAUUUGUUAAAAUAUUGAUAUCUAUUUUUGGAAACGAAUAUCUAAGAUCCCCAAAUAGCGAUGAUAUUGCCAUAUUAUUAGCUAUUGGUGAAAGUCGUGGCUUCCCUGGAAUGUUAGGGAAAUUACUUCAAGGACAUUCUCCACCAGUGCACUAUAAUGUCAAUGAUCGGCAUUACUUAUUGGGUUACUAUCUUGUAGAUGGUAUCUACCCGUCGUGGGCUACUUUUGUGAAGACAAUCCCUAUGCCACAAACCAAUAAGGCUAGCCAUUUCAAAAAGUUACAAGAAUCAUGCCGAAAGGAUGUUGAGCGUGCUUUUGGCGUACUUCAAGCGAGGUUUGCAAUAGUACGUGGGUCAGCUCGAUACUUCAAACGUUCAACACUUCAUGAUAUAAUGUUGGCCUGCAUAAUAAUGCACAAUAUGAUCAUUGAAGAUGAACGACAUUUACACGUUCAACCCGACAUUGCAGACAUGUAUGAUCAGGCUGAAGAUGGUCCUCCUACACCAGCACUAGAACACUUAAGAACUCGUGAGUUUCGAGACUUUAUUGACCAAUACAUCCGCAUCCAAGACAGAGAAAUACGUACUCAACUUCAAGCUGACCUUGUGGAACAUUCGUGGAACAUUCAUAGCAAUGCUUAG